AUGAGCUUCUACUCGUCAACUUCGUGGCCUUUGCGACUCGAUGCGGCCUUUGCAUUCCUAUUCUUGUGGAACCAGCGUUGGUGCUUGCGGAUUUUUUCAACAGAACAGAAGCUCGCUGGUGAGAAGUCUCCAGCUAGUAGAGGAUUUAUAGCCCCAGAACGGACAACAACCACAGCCACCGUCGCAAUGGGUUCUAUUUCAGAGGGACCCGCAAGAGCGUUGAUCAACUUACAGCUUGGCUGGCCGAGUCCCCGGUUGUUUGCGAAGGAGGGCUUACUGAAAGGUGCCCAAGAAGUGCUGACAUCCGACAAAGAAAGCGCAGCAGCUCUCAUCUACGGACCUCAUGCAGGACACCCACCCUUGCGAGAAAGCAUUGCGGAAUGGCUUUCCUCAGUCUAUACAUCGAGCCAGCCUACAACUAAGGAGAGAAUAUGCGUCACGAACGGAGCCUCCGGAAAUCUAGCGAACGUGUUGCUGAAGUUCUCAGAUCCGAUAUAUACGAGGAAGAUAUUCAUGGUAGAACCGACAUAUUUCCUAGCCUGUCCAAUUUUCGAAGACAAUGGAUUUCAAGGAAGAUUGCGUGGAGUACCAGAGGACGACAAGGAGGGUUUGGACCUUGAGUUUCUACGACGCGAGCUCGAGGCAGCCGAAGCUGUCGCGACUGAAACGGCCCCGACCAUCAAGACCGGUCGCACGUAUCCAAAAGUUUACAAAUACUUCAUCUAUCUCGUUCCGACAUUUUCAAAUCCCAGUGGAAAGACGCUGUCGCUGAGAAUGCGGCAAGAUCUAGUUGCGCUCGCUCGCCAGUUUGACGCAUUGAUCGUCUCGGACGACGUCUAUGAUUUCUUACAGUGGCCGGAAGACUCGUCUGCACCACAUGAUUCAGUCUCUCAGGUGCCUCCACGUUUGGUCGAUAUCGAUCGAGCCAUGCCUGGCUAUACGAAAUGGGGAAAUACUCUUAGCAAUGGGUCGUUCUCAAAAGUGAUAGGGCCUGGUGUAAGAGUCGGCUGGGCUGAUUGCUCUCCCGCGAUGGUGCUAGAGCUGGCAGAAGUCGGCUCUUCAAGUUCCGGUGGCCAACCGGCGCAUCUCACUUCGACAUUCGUAGACAAGAUGCUACGCAGUGGAUAUAUGCAGGAAUUCAUCAGCAACACAUUGAUUCCUGCAUAUCGGAAACGCUAUUAUGUUCUCAUGAAAGCUAUCAAUGAGCUUCUAGUACCACUAGGCAUGAAGGUUGAGGUCAACAGACCAGCAGACGCGACAACUGCAACAGCAGGUGGCUUCUUCACAUACCUGAGCCUCCCAGAGGACCUCCCGGCCGCCAAGAUAGUGGCAGCUGUGGCAUUUCAGGAUUAUCAGCUACGUGUUGCCUUUGGGCACAUGUUCACUGUUACGGGUGAUCACGGGAGUACUUCACGAGCGGAAGAAAAAGGCGGCUUCGCAAGGUGCAUUAGACUCUGCUGGGCUUGGCACGAAGAAGACGAGAUUCAAUCCGGCGUGCAGAGGCUCGCAGAUGUCAUUAUAGACAUCAGGGGGGGAAUGAAGAGGGGAGAGGACAUUGGUAGUAACGUCUCUAUUGGUAUCAGGUGA